UGGUGAAUCUUCUUCAUCUUCAAAUGAUGAAAUCUUGUACACUAUGGAUGCAAAACCUCAUAAAUAUUCUACUGGUUAUGGAUGGACAACAACUAAUACAAAAGGUAAAAUCAAGGUUGAAAUCGAAGGCAAGGAAGUUGAAUUACCUGUAACCAUUAGUUUCAAUGUCACCGUUCAUGGUUCAAAGAAAUAA